GUCGCCGCCUCUCAAUUAGUCUGGCGUCCACGGCUGCCGGUAGCGCAGCGGGCACGGUUUGGAAGGACACGCAGCGACUCAUCGCAAUACAGGGCGUUCAGCCGCGCUGGGGCACCAUCAGCAGAAGAGGAGACCACCCGGAAAAGGCGCGUGUGUGCUCGGCUGGACCCAGCAGCAGCAGCAGCAGGGGCAGUGAUGUCGCUGACCAACAGGCCAGUCAUAGACCAGCUCAGCGAGGAGAGCGACACCGAGUGCCAGCAGGAGCUGCGUCCCCUGGCGCCGGUGGAGAUCGUGGUGAGGCCGCUGGACCCCAUGGCUAACGCGGCGUCGGCGGCGGCGGCGGUGGCGGGAGCAGCGGAUGGCGUGGCCAAGGUGCGGCGACCCGGCGUCGACAUGGACGCGCAGCUGGCCAACCGCGAAGUGCAGCUGGCCGUGCGGCCGCCCUCCGUGGUGGCGCAGCGGCGCGGCUCCUCCAUGCUCGCCAUUACCCUACCGCAGACUCGCUGGUUGCUCUCGAAUGGCAACCCAGAUGAGAGACUCCCUCCCGGCAAAGGCGACGCGGAGGCGGCUGCUGCGGCCUUCAAGAAGAAGAACCGCACGCUAGGCGAUGACGCCCUCAGCACGAUCCUGUCGGCGCUCUACGCCAAGUUGCUGGUGGUGAUCGGCAUAGCUAUGCCCAUAACGGAGGUGCUCUCUGCAGAGGUGCAUGCAAACUACUUCCAGGGUUUCUACCUGUAUCUCUACGUUGGAAGUAUUCUUUACAUGUGCUUCAUUUACAUGAUUCUGCUGAAGAGUCGCGCUAUCUACAAGAUCAUCAACAGAUUCGGCCAGCCGGAGGACAAGUACGAGCAUGCGAGGCGUCGCUCGUUGUCGGCAGCCCACGUGGCGCGCUACGGCAGCUUCUACCUGCGACUGGGCGCCACCGCGUUCGGCAUCGGCAGCAUGGUGUACUCGGGGCUGGAGUUCGGCCAGUUCUUCGAGCUGAACGACGACACCGACUGCGCCAACGUGCUGCAGGCCGUCACGCCCGCCGCGCGCAUGCUGCUCACUCUGCUGCAGAUGCAGUUCAUCUUCAUGAACAGCAAGGACCUGAAGCUGAACGAGUACCGCGUGGUGUCCCGCCUGGGCCUGAUGCACAUGACGGCGACAAACCUGUGCGAGUGGCUGUACGUGCUGGUCGAGGAGACCAAGCACGAAAUCGUGCACCUCGCCAUGCACGGCGACCACCACGGUGAAGCACUGAGCCUGAGCGACCACCACGUGUACGACUACCCCACCAGCGUCACCCCGAAGCUGCCGUUAGUGGGGGAAGCGGUUCGCAACCUCACUGCUGUACAUAACGUGUCACGACGGUCAGCCGAGCACGACAUCUUCGAGUGCCGUCGCUCCAACAUCAUGGGCUCGCUGGUGCAGAACGCGGCGCCCUUCCUGUUCCCCUGCACCAUCGAGUACUCGCUCAUCUGCGCCGUCGUCAUGUACGAGAUGUGGAAGCACAUCCAGCCGGCGGGCGGCCGCUCCGCCAAAGACGCCUACCGCAAGACCAGCCGCCAGGUCAGCACCACGAGCGCACCCUCCAUCGCCGACGAAGACGAGUCCGACUCUCGCGGGGAGGGCAAGUCGCCGCUCCCCCACCCAGGAGGGGUCGAUGGUCACGGCCUUCCUCGUCCCUCGAGCCGCCUAUCUGUCGACUGCGCCAAGGCGCACAAGGGGCUGUUCGGCGGCAUCUUCGUGGUGGUCCUCACCAUCAUCUCGCUCAUCCUCUUCUUCGUCCUCCACAAGGAUGACGACUACCGCGAGGCGGCGGAGCAGCAGGUCACCAUCUCCGAGAUCUCGCUGUAUGUCAUCUGCUCUGUGGCCACCAUCAUUUGCAUGCUGCAGCUGCGGGAACUCAGAUACUAUCGGACGCUACCCGGUCACCACGGUGGCUCGGGCCUGGGGCUGGACAACACGCUGCUGCUGAUCGCGCAGUCGGGCAUGUUCCUGUACUGCACCUUCUCGGUGGUGGGCUGCGCAUUCGAGUCGUCGCCGCUGCGACUGGCCACAGAGGUGGCCGGGCUGUUCCAGACGGUUCUGCAGACGGUGUGCGUGCUGGACGGCUCGAGGCGGCGUUGCCGCUCGGGCGACCAGGCGCGCCGCAAGCCGGGGCGCGAGCUGCUCACCUUCCUGCUGGUGGCCAACGCCGCCAUGUGGCUGGUCAACGUGCUGCACAAGGGCCACGCCGAGUUCCGGCCGCAGCACCUCUCCUUCUUCGGCGUCUGGGCCUGGGCCGUCAUCACGCACGUCUCCAUGCCUCUCGCUAUCUUCUACAGGUUCCACUCCACCAUCUGCAUCUUCGAGGUCUGGAAGACCGCCUACAAAGUCAAGCACGUCUCGUAGCACAGCCGUCCUCCUCGGGGGUUUCAGGCAAACUGCUGCCACGUCCAGCUAGACAUAUUACAGUGAAGAUCUCCCAGCACCUAGUGUAACACUUGCUGACGAGACACUCCGAGACUUAAAUCGGGACUUUUGUGUCACAGCGACGCCUUUUUCGGAAGUUCUUGUCAGAAGUACGUGAUAGACAGCGACGCUAAACCAGAAACACUGCCUUUCGCAGGCAAUACUCUUACCAUACCAACGGAGCUACCACGACCUGGAAGACAAGGAGUAAAGCUGUGGAGAUGGAUCAUGAGUUGAGCCCGUGUAUCUCAAUCAAUUGGAACACUGCCCCCAAAAGGCAAGGUUCUGGUUGGAGUCCUGGUCUGCAAUAAAGUUUUAAUCUACCAAACAUUUACAAAACACACUCCACUGUAGAGUGAAAGAUACAUUCUGGCAACAAGGUUUAGACUGUGGCUAAGCCAAUUCUCCUUUCUUCUAGACGUGUUGGUCCUGUAAGAUAUGCUGUAGAGAUUUUGUGAUGUUUGGAAAGUAUGAAAGAACUAAUGGCGGGAAAUACGACUCUGAAGGCACGUCAUGCUUCGAUACCUCAAUAGGUAAGAGGAGUUGCCCACUAGAAGCAAGAUUCCAGGUACGACGCCUGGUCUGGCGCUCUUCUAGCCGCCACUUCCAGACAACAGUUCUAGGAUCUGAUCGCUCAAGAUCUGGCGAACAUUAAUAAAUCAUUCAUCUAAAUAUUAAACAAAGAAAUGGAAUCGUUGGCCCAGUUCAGUAGUAGAAGCACCUCACCUGUUACUUAUCCUAGCAAACAGAAAUAACCACCUUCAGCUACAUUAGACGGCUUUCCGGUGUUAAAUGUUGCUAGUGCCGUCCAACCAAACCAACAGACAAUAUUGAUUUAUAAAAGUAGAGUUAUCAAUAAUACUGUGUAUGGAAAUAUACAGAUUAUUAUUUUCCUUUGUCUAAUACCAUUACCACUUUUCGCUAAAUAUCACAACAGGAGAAAGACAGAAAAAUAGAAAUUUUAUGUCAGUCCAUAAUGCAUGUUCAGCACCAAGUUUUUCAUUGCUUCUAACUAUGCUGCCUAAAUUGUCAACAACAAUAACCAAUACAGCGUAAAUCCUUUUAACUAUUCAACUCCUCUGAAAUUUUGAUAAGUUUUUGAUAUGUUUGAAAGUAUUUCGUACUUAUUGUAUUGUUUAAAAGUUGGAAGAUGGCCAGUGUGUAUAAUACCUUCUGGUCGAAGGUUAGGGAGAUGCCAUGCAGCUCAUGUAACUAAUUUGAUCACCAUGAAGGCUAACUAAAAACACGACAUUUAACAGUCAUUCUGUUGCAAUCCUUUAUUUGGAAAUGAAAUAAUCAUAAAAGACAAUUGCAUUUUUAUAUUGUUCUUAUUAUUAUUAUUAAUGACUAUAUCACAGAUUUGAAAAUGUCAACAUGGUACUCAAGAAUGAUCUAAACUGUGAAAUAGAAAUCAGUUUGUGAGAAUGGGUUGUUUUUAGAAACUAAAAAGGAUAAAAAUAAAGCUUGUGAUACGUUAGUUCUUCCAGAUGAAAGCAUAACUACUGUGUGCUAUGUUGCGUACAAAAGUGCUAGUUUUUAAGCAAACACAACCGCAUGAACACGAAGUAAUAUUGAUUAAUUACAUUGGCCUUCAAACAUUAACAAUUAUUUCACAAUCCUUUCGGUUUACAAAGAGCAUAUCUUGAGAAUUAUUCCCAUUCGUACGUUUACAAAUGAACGAUUAUACUCAUUGUCCUGUCACAGUGGGUUACGUGAGGAAGCUAGGAUACCAGCCACCAGCAGUACCCAUCACUCUCUAUGUGAGUUUUCUUGACAGCAGUUAGUUAAACCCAUAUUUUAUAAUACAGCGGAAAAAGAAGAUGAAUGGAUUUCCUGUCCUGUGUCAAAGUUCUCUACGUCUCUUUGAUCAGAAAUGUGGACGAUCUCUUUCAUUGGCUAUAUGUGACGAUAAAACACCUUCAGAUGGAAUAUUAUUAAACAUUGUGUCAGCAAUUUGAAAAUCCAGAGUUAAGAUUCAGUAUUUCAGUCUAAGGAUAUGAUGUUUCUCAUUAACGAAUAAGAUCUUCUGAAACCAUGUAUCUAAAUAAGAUGCCGUUUAUGUCUUAUCGAAUGUGUUGAUUACAUAUUCACAUUACUAGGAUUCACACAAUGCUAAAAAACAGAAUUUUUGUGGAUGUGUUUUUCUCAAAGCGCGAAAGAAAGCUUUCGUCAAUUUUCAACAAGUCACGAUUGUUAUAAGUUCUAUUAAUUUCUAUUUAGUAUUCCAUGUUAGAAUACUAGUGUAAGAUUUAUUAUGCAGAUUUUCAAUAACAGUUGCAUUAGGUUAUUAUUUUUAUGUAUGUAAAUGUAAUAUUAAGGGAUUGCACCAGUAUUAUAAGAACAAACUGCUCUUGUAAUUGCACAAAGACUGAUUGUUACUCAUUUGUGCAAGUUACUAAGCGUACCUGAUACUUCGUUAAUAGCUAAAUACUUCAUUCGUGUUAAAAAUUCAGUAAAUUAUAAACACAGUCAAAAUAAACAUGUUUUGCCAAAUUA